AUGACUUCCACUAUUCCCACUUCACCUUCCUUCUCCAUUCUCUCCUUCAAUCCCACAAUCACCAACACUCCUUCUCAGUUUCCCCCUAAUCUCCCCCUCCGCCCCCGCCACCGUCGAAUCACCGUCAAAGCCCACUCUUCCAACUCCACUGUCGUUCACCACCUCAAAAACAUCGCCGGAGCAGCAGUCUUCGCUGCCGCAACCGCCACCGCCGCCCUCACAUUUUCAUCUUCCCCCGCCAGAGCCGAACCACCGCCGCCUGCACUCACUGAAGUUCUCGACGAAAUUGAAAUCGAAAAUGAAACUGAAACAGACACCGUUCUCGCCGAAACCGGAACAACAUCGCUUCCGUCCAAAUUCGUCGAAACAAACGAUGAAUCACCGGAAGCUCUGAAGUCUCUUCUUCAACAGAAGCUCGAACUCGGCGAGAACGAAGAGGCAUUAAAGAUCCUCAAACACUUGAUCUCAUCACAGCCAGAGGUAACAGAUUGGAAAUUCCUUGCAGCAAGGUUGACUACCGAAAUGGGAGAUACCGAUAGCGCUGUAAGUUUUUAUGAGGAAAUCUUAAAGUCAAACCCGCUUUCUUUCGAAGCGCUUUUUGAAAAUGACCUUUUGAUGGACCGAUGCGGAGAAGGGGAUGCUGUAAUUGAAAGGCUUGCAGAUGCUAUGAGAGUUGCAGUGGAAGACAACAAGGAAAAAGAAGCUAGGGAUGUGAAGUUGUUAAUGGCUCAGAUUCUGUUUCUUCAGAAGAAAGUUGAUGAAGCUUUGAGUAUGUAUGAGUUAUUAAUCAAAGAAGAUCCUAAUGAUUUUAGACCUUAUUUUUGCAGGGGAAUGAUUUAUACAUUGCUUGAUAAGAAUGAUGAAGCUAAAGAGCAAUUUGCAAAGUAUAGGGAAUUGUCACCUAAGAAGUUUGAGGUUGAUGGUUACUUAAGAGCACCUUUGUCAAGGAUCAAAGAUUUUGGUACUGAUCAAAGCUAG